AAAUGAUAUGGGGUUGGGGUGGGAUUGUGGGAAGGGUAGAAAUAGAAUUUUCUUCUGCUCAGAAAAUUUUUUAUGAUUCAUUCUCACUCUCACUGCCUUCUUCCUUGAUUUUCGAGAAAACAGCGUGGUCGCGUGGUUGGUGUCGUAAAUUUGAAAUGUAUCCAAGAAAUCUACAAAAUGAUUUGUCUACGUGCAUUUUCUACUCUUAAAAUGUAGGUCGUGAUUGCACACCUCUAUCACCUAUCACUGUGUACCCACUGUGUAUAGAGCCAUGGUACCGAUUUGGAGAUAUCCUGUUGACGUAACUUGGUUGCAGCCCUGAUUGCAGUCUGACUGCAAUUUAGGUAUUGAGGCUUUUUACUCCAGGGCUUCCAUUUUGAUUUCGUAUUUGAACAAGUUAAGGAUUACUCUCAUGUGAUACAUCAUAAUUAAUGCAGGUUGAUGUAACCAUGGUACUACACACUACUCGAGCUCCAGUCUGGAAAGUGGUAUCUGUAAACUGCGUUACGUCGAAAGUUCAGGGUUCCAAACUUGGAAAGAUGUGGUGUCAAGAAACCGACUACUUAAAAAAUGUGACUGUAACUUCAUGUUGGAUAUAUAAUUGGUAAUAAAAUUGCGUGCAUAAAAAAAUGACUAAUUAUUGGUAAGGGUAAUAGCUUUGAUCGCAGUAUUUAAUUAAUGUGAAUAGGGGGUGUUUUAUAACAGUGGAAUUCUUUUACAUUUACGAAUGCCAAUCGUGAGGUUAUUGUAAAGUAUUUUAAAGUUACACCAUCAAGUGCGGCUGCCGAAAUCCGCAGUAUUUCAGUUUAAGCAAGAAUUACAACAUUCCAUUACGAAUUAUUUGACUUGAAUAGAAAAAUGAAAUCGACUUAAAAUGUCGUGAUGUAAAGUAUUGGUAGGUAGGUUUGCAAGAAGUGUUAUGACUGCCAAUUACACUCUCGUACAAAGUCCAAAAAUAUCCGAACUUUUUUAUGACGGAGAAAUGUCUUUUGAAAACAAUAGUAAUUGCCACUACAUAGGCCUGUAAAUCUGGAAUGCAUGGCGAAAAUUGGAACAAACGUUUUCUCUUUCUCUGUCGUUAAUAACGAAUAGUGAAAUUUCUCUUAUAGUGAUUAACGUAAGCAUAAAUUUUUUUUUCGAGGGCGAGUUUGAAAUCCUAGACUGGUGAGAGUGGCAGGUACAAUAAUGUAAUAUCCGACUAAAUACGCCGCGAGUAAUUGAUGAUUUUGGCCAAAGUUCCUCUACGGUAAAAUCGAAUCAUUCCAUUAAAUUUGAAUUUUAGGGUUGGUAUUUAGGUAGGAAAUGUGACAAAUUCUAAAUUUUCCAAUGUGUGUAAAAAGUGAAAUUUCUAAACAUAAAUAGUUUUAUCCCAUUCAAAGAAUCGCAGUCUAAAAAGACGUGACCGAAAUCUUUGCAAUUGCCCUAGUGUUAUCAUUUGCUACAGCCGUUACUCUAAGCUCUUUCUCCUACAAUGCCUUGUGGCUUUUAUGGCGAUGAAAACGGGAGUCUAGCAACAACUGUGAUUGUAUAGGCCUGCGUGAUUUGAUACUAGGAAGUGUCCGGAAGGUGAGAAAGAAGACAAGUGAAACGCGACAUUUGACUCGUCUACGCUUUGUGUGUCAACUUGCAAUUGAACACAUAGAAAGUGGGAAGAGGUUAAACGAAACAAAACGACGAUGAAAGGCAAUAAAAAUCUGCGGGAGAAAGAUCGGUAAUCAAUGUAAAAUUGAACGCAGCUGGAGAUUUCCUAUAAAAUGUGACGGAUGGAGGAGGAAGAACAUCACUUGCUGUCAUCGCUUCAUCAGUUGAAGUAUCGCAAUCACAUCUGCUCGCUUCUGUUUUAACUUCAAGGCUCAGCGUUUGUUUUCCAACAGUUACUCAAAUUUUGGGUCCCGAAUUUCGAACACUAAAAAGAUCAAGGAAAAUGCGUUUCACUCUUUCGAUUCUUAUGCUGAUCUGCUUGGUAUCAGCCGUACAUUUUCAGCCGAGCAACAGUAGCAACACUCGGACAUCCGGUUUUAAAUUGAAAAAUCUUUUUGAUGGACAUCACGGCAAACAUUUUGGCGGAACGGACGUCAUAUCUUCAAGGAAAUUUGGUUUGGGUAUCAAAGCUGUUCUCCUCAAGCCGCUACUUUUGGUGGCCCUAGCGAAAAUCAAGCUCGCUCUUCUAUUUGGCAAACCUUUGGUCUUGCUGACCCUUAAGAAGCUUUUACUUGAUGUCGUUCUUGGCAAACUGUUGCUCAAGAUUCCUCUGAUUCUGCUCGGCGGCAAAGCUUUGAUAGCCAAGGUGCUGGCCCUUAAGUUUGCGUUGAUCGCCAAAGGAUUGAUCGGCUUGAAGGCCCCGCUCGUCCUACUCUUCCUCGGUGGUUUCCUGAAAGGCGCUCUAAAAGGAACAGGUUUGGGAUUGGCGAUUGCCGGAGGUUUAUUGAAGCUGAAUGACCAUGGUUCCAGCGCUGAAGAUGAAUACGACGAACACUACUACGCCCUUCCACCACCACCUCCUCCUUCAUACGGCGCUCCUUCCUAUUACAGCGCACCUGCUUCCUAUUCCAGCGCUCCCGCUCCUGUUUACUCAUCACCCGAUCCAUUGUACUCGCAGAAUUAUGAUGCAGUUAUUUCUGAAUAUUCCGGAGUGGGCGGAGGCUACGAUAUUGGCCGCAAGAAGCGCAAUGCUGAAAGACGAAAUGAUGAAGAUGACAGCGAAGAAGAAGUAGAAGACAGUGAGGAAGACUUAACCGACGAAUCACCCGAGGAUCUUAAACUGGAAUUUGAAGCAGCUCGCACCAAUGCCAAUGCUUAUCUCUACAUGGCUGCCCAAUUUGACGAGCAAUCUUGCGGUCGUCGAUUGAUGUGUGAAGUCUACCAGAAACCCCAAGGAAGUCGCACCGAUGACGAGCUUAUUUUACAAGACAUUUUCGGUUAUCCGCUGGCCCCAUUGAGUGAAGAAGACCAAGGUACCCCGAAGGAAAUGUAUUACAGAGCUGCUCAACUUGGUACCUCCCACCAAGGCCGUCCCAACAGUCAGAUCUGCGCCCGUGUUUAUGCAACCUGCCCUCACAAUGCCGAGCAGCUGAUCCACUUCUUCGUCAGCGAGGAUGUCGAAACCAAUGAAAUUGAUUCGGAUAACCGCCCAGUUUCUCAUCUGCAGCCUCCCAAGCAAUCCGCCGCCCGUCUCCCCUUCUACCAUCCUCGCCAACCCAACAUUUCACCUGCCCAACAAUGGAAGCCGGCUGUUGUCAGGCCUGCUGUUCAUAAGCAACAACCCCAAACAACUAAGCCUGCCCAAGAGCAAAAUAGACGACCAACAGUUGCUGUAACUCCGGUUGCACCUCUGCGCAAAAGAUUUAUCGCGGCACCAGCUGCCUAAAUGGCCAAACACGGAAGCCAUCACAAGACAAUAUACAUUCCAUUGCAUGGACUGUCGAUCAGCCCGAGCUGAUUAAUCACUUGACAUACAAUUAUGUUUUUCAUUCAGAUGAAUCUAUGAAAAUGUUUUUUCAAACAAAUGAAGUUUAAUUAUGUACUAUGAUACCCGGGAUGUGCAAUACACAAUUGUACGAAACUAA